AGGAAAAGUCAUCUACAUUAUUCUUCUUCUGUUUUUUACACAGUCGUAUAUAACCAGAAUAUCAGAUAACUUGGGUUUGCAGAAGAGAUAGAGAGGACAACCAGACGGAGAGAAAAGGAGAACACAGAAUCUUCUGGUUCGUCUUCGUUUUCUCCUGAUCUAAAGUGCCGUUUUCUUCUUCAUUUUCUUAUCUAUACUUUUCUCUCAUUCUUAAGACAAACCCCUUUCUGUCCUCCGUCUCUUCACCACUUUCAUCUUUAAGGAAAUUGAUUUUCAUCGCUACUAUUGUUAUUCCUGCUCUGUGAUAUAAAAAAAAAAAAAAAAAAUGGCGAAAGAAAAGAAGAUGCUUGUUGGGUUUGUGUGGAAUUAUGCAGCAGAGCUUAAGAUAAUGUUAACGGCUCUUUUGGUUCUCUGCACAGUAGCUACUGUUCUCCAGUUCAUUUCAUCAACCUUCUCCAUAUCUACCUCUGAUCUUCGUCUCUGCAUCUCAAGAAUCGCCACCGCCUCUACCAACAUUUCGGAAGAAGCGCCACCGCUUGUUCCACCGUCUAUGCUAUCUCCGCCGUCUCUUCAGCCAGAUCAAGUCCUGAGCAACGGCGUUAUCAAGCGUAGCUUUAUACCUUAUGGUGCUGCUGCCUACAACUUUAUCUCCAUGAGCGCCUACAGAGGAGGUCUCAACACCUUCACCAUUAUUGGCCUAUCCUCCAAGCCCCUCCACGUCUACGGCCGUCCCAGUUACCCGUGCCAGUGGGUCCCGGAAGACCCCUCUCAGAACACCGUCACCACCGCCGGAAACAAGAUGCUUCCCGAUUGGGGCUACGGCCGCGUCUAUACUGCCGUCGUUAUCCGCUGCGCAUUCCCUGCUCCUAUCAAUGCCAACAACUCCGGCGGUAAAUUGCUGCUACACGCCUCCACAUCCGGCGGCGGCGACACCAAAUACAACUCAACGGACAUCAUCGAGACCCUAAGAGAACCGCCCGGCAGCGUAGAUUUCAACGUGUUCAACUCGCCGCCCAAGUACGAUUACUGGUAUUGUGGGGCGUCGCUGUACGGGAACCUGAGUCCACAGCGACUGAGAGAAUGGAUAGCGUAUCAUGUGAGGCUGUUUGGGGAGAGAUCUCAUUUUGUGCUGCACGACGCGGGCGGAGUCCACGAGGAGGUGAUGGAGGUGUUGAAGCCAUGGAUGGAGCUCGGGUACGUGACGCUCCAGGACAUAAGGGAACAGGAGAGGUUCGACGGAUACUACCACAACCAGUUUAUGGUGAUGAAUGAUUGCCUGCACAGAUACAAGUUCAUGGCCAAGUGGAUGUUCUUCUUCGAUGUGGAUGAGUUCAUUUAUGUGCAACCGAAGAGUACCGUCAAGUCCGUGUUGGAUUCCAUGCAGGGUUACUCUCAAUUCACCAUUGAACAGAGACCCAUGAGCAGUCAACUCUGCUACGACGACGAAGGGCCUGGAAGAACUUACAGGAAAUGGGGGUUUGAGAAACUUGUGUACAGAGACGUGAAGAAGGUUCCCCGAAGAGACCGGAAAUACGCGGUGCAGCCGAGGAGAAUAAUGGCGGCCGGGGUUCACUUGUCGCAACACUUGCAUGGCAAGACAUACCACAGUAUGGAUGGGAAAAUGAAAUACUUCCAUUAUCAUGGAUCCAUAUCACAGAGAAGAGAACCUUGCCGCCAUCUCUUCAACACAACACAGCUUUCUUUUGAAAACAAUCCUUACAUUUUGGACACUACACUAAGGGAAGCUGCUGGCCCUGUCAAGAAAUUUGAACUAAAAAUGAUUGGAAGUAGAUUACACACAACUCGCCAAUAAUUACUUAAAUUAUUAUUUCUCUUUUUAUUUUACAUCAAAUUCAUAUUCUUUUUUUUUUUUUUAAAGUUUUUGUAUCAUAAUUUUGUAAGCUAUAGAUACAGGAAGAACAGUUUGUAUGGUA